AUGCUCUGUUACGUCCUUGCUAUCGUUGCUACUGUAUUCAUCUCCAAUAAUGCUGUCAACUCAGCAGAAACUUGUAAGUCAGUAAAAGCCGGUGCUCAUUAUUCAUCAUUAAUUCCAUUCAGUGGUUUGAAAUCUGAUGCAAUUGUUUCAUCACGUGUUAAAUUUACACAAAGUGCUGGUCGUUAUUUAUUUGCACCAACAGAAUCACGAGGUCAUUUAUGUACAACAUCAUGGAAUAAAUUAUGGGGUGCCUGUCGAUGUGGUUAUUUAACAAGUAAUCAUAAAGAUUCUGAUCGAUUUGUAUUUCGUCGUGCUAAUAGUUGUGUUCAACAUGAAAAUGGAUACACUGUUGGUGAAGUUGAAGAUUGUUCAGAAAAGGAUUUAGUUGAAAUCGCUGCAUAUGCAUAUGAUGAUAGUCGUAAACCAUUUGAACAUCAAGGUACAUUAUUAAAAGAAUUCGCAACCAAAUUACGAGUUGAUACUUGGUAUAAGGUCACACUUAUCUUUGAAGAAGCUAAAACAACAUAUCAAUUAUUCGAUGAUGAAGGUCAACAUCUUGAAACUCAAGAAAUUAUUCAUCGUCAAUGCAAAGAUUUCAAACUUGGUACGUGGCAAGAUUUAUAUUUUGGUGGACAAUGUCCCGCACCACAAGCUGUUUCUGUUUGUUAUGAAAAAAUCUAA